UAGGCUGCCAAAAAAGGCAAGUCUUUGCAGAUUCAAAGGCCAAUUGUGUCUCUUGCUUCCCCAUCUCACUUGUACUAUUUCUAGCCCCCCUCUCCCUCGUCUGCUCUCUCUCUUUCUCUCUGAAUCCAUCAAAAGAAUGGAAGGAGAAAAUAGAAAAUCUGCAGCAAGUGAAGAGAGAAGGAGGUUUAAGAAGAUAUGUGUCUUCUGUGGGAGUAGAGCUGGAUACAAAUCUUCAUUUGGUGAUGCUGCCCUUCAACUUGGUAAAGAACUGGUUGAAAGAAAGAUUGAUUUGGUCUAUGGUGGGGGAAGUGUAGGCCUUAUGGGUUUGAUCUCACAAACUGUGUUUAAUGGAGGCUGCCAUGUUCUUGGGUAUAUAAAUAUUUCCUUUACACUGAUUUCCUUUUGGUUUCUGUUAGAAAACUUGACAUUGUGUUCAUGUAUUGCUUUAUAUAGAGUGAUGCCCAAAGCUCUGAGGCCUCAUGAGAUAUCAGGAGAAACCGUAGGAGAAAUGAAAACUGUUGCAGACAUGCACCAGAGAAAAGCAGAAAUGGCAAGACAUGCAGAUGCUUUCAUUGCACUUCCUGGUGGCUAUGGAACCUUGGAAGAAUUGUUAGAGAUAAUUGCCUGGUCUCAGCUAGGAAUUCAUGAUAAACCAGUGGGAUUGUUAAAUGUAGAUGGAUAUUAUAACAGCUUGCUUGCCUUGUUUGAUAAGGGAGUUGAAGAAGGUUUCAUUGAAGAUAAUGCAAGGCAUAUUGUGGUCAUAGCAGAAACAGCAGCAGAACUCAUCAAGAAGAUGGAGGAGUAUACACCAGGCCAUGACAAGGUUGCACCCAGACAAAGCUGGGAAGUGGACAAGUUAUUAGAGUCUACCAAAAGUGGGGAACCUCUAGGAUCUUAGAUCUUGAGAAGCCAUA